AUGCCGUCCGGCCAGACAUGCUCAGCCUGCAGGUGCCGUUGUGAUGGAGCGCAGCCCAUGUGCGGGCCCUGCUCAAAGGCACGCAAGCCCAUCGAGUGCAUGUAUACCACUGCCACCGCUGUAGCCACAGCUCCCAAGGGCGACUAUCUCAAGAAGGGUGCUGCUUGCGCCCCUUGCAGGUCCAAAUGCGACGCGAAGCGGCCCUACUGUUCGACGUGCAAGACCGCGGAGAAGGAGAAGGAGUGCACCUACGACGAAAGCCCUGAGCGCUCGUUCACUGAGGCUCUCUUCAUCCGCACUCACUACCUAGAGCAACGGCUCGCUGCUUACGAGACCCAGGUUGCUACCCUCUCCCACCCUAUCGACGGCAGCCCCAUAGCCUCCUCUUCCGCGGCCAUCCUCAGCGCUGACGACGGCCCCUCUCACUCCGAUUACCAGGUGCCCAUGUACAACUUCCCCCAGGCGCUCAACAUCCUCUUCGAUCGCAUGGCCGCCCCUCCGCCAACCACGGAUAUACACAACAUCUCCACUCCACACGUACCGCAAGGUCUCGAAGAAUUCCGUACGGCCUGGUCGGAGCAUUCACGACAAUAUGGCUGUAUCCUCACCCCAGACAAGAUGCAGGCCAUCAUCCUAGGCGACAUAUCGGGGGCAGUUGUCCAUCCCGCCUUUACGUACAUCGCGCAGCUCCUGGGAUGCCACAUGUGGCAACUCCAGCGACGCAUCAUGGUGUACGGGUCCGUCGAGCACGAGCAGGAAGGGUGCCUCCUGGCCGCUCUGGAACACAUCGACCCCAUCUCCGAAAUCCAGGUCCGGUACCAGUAUGCCUGUUUCCUCCUGCUCAAAGGCCGCAUGGAGGAGGGCGAACAGCAGUUCGUUCGCGCUGCGCAUAUUGUCCGGUUCCACAACAUCAACUUCCCUAUCCCCAUGGACCCAAUGAUACAGUCGAUCACACCACAUCAAGCUGAGGUCAUUGGGGCACUCGCGCACUUCAUGUAUCUCGACCGCUGUUCAGCUUUCGUAUUCCACAUUCCCAUGCGGCUCGAUAAGAGCUUCGACGACGCCUUCCGUACUGUCGCACUCUACUUCCCAACCUUCGCCAAAUCCAACCUCAUUUACCUCCGCACCGCAUCCCUCCUCUACCUCCUCCGCGUCUCCGAACUCACCGCCGAAUGGUCUGCGUUCCCUGCCGACUCGGUCCGUGGGGUUUUCCACGCAAAUCGGCCUGCUUGGUUUGAGCGAUACUGGCCACUCCUCGAAGAGCUUGGAGGGCAUGUCAGCAAUCUGGAACACGAGAUGCUCAAAGCGACCUUCUAUGCAGAGCGCGAGCUCUCGAUCGCCCUCAAGUUCUCGAUAGUCGUCGCUCUCUCGGCCAAGGCGCAGAUGCAUUGGCUCUUGCACCGGGACCACGAAGAGAGCGCACAGAGAGCGCUGGACGUCGUCAUGGAAGUCAUCACCGUCACACGGACGUUCAAGGACAACGAGUUCCUACUCCUGGACCCGCUAUUGGGGGUGAGUGCCGCCGCUUCCAGUCCUGUUGUCCAUUGUGCCCGUGCUCAUCCGCCGUACACGAUCGGCGUGCAAUGGAACACGGCGCUGGAGACGAUCGACGUGAGCGCGAAGAAGCUCGGGUACGACAUGCCGUUCAUGGAGGAGUCGUUGCAGGCGAUCUCGGACGUCAAGCGGUUCGUCGAGGUACCAUAA